AUGUCGGGCAGCCUGUCCAGGUGCAGACGCCCAGCCUGCCGUCUCCAGAUUCUCCUUUGGCGCCAGCCUCGCGCUGCUGCUCGAUGCUUGUCCACCUCAGGCACUUGCUUCGCUGCCGGGGACUCAAAGGGCUCCCAGAGCUCCGUGUCGAUUCGAGGCGGCAGCUACACCAAAGAUGCCGCGUGGUUCAACAUACCGGCCAACGUGCUGCAUGCGACUUCGCGAAGCCUGCACCUGCAAAAGGACCAUCCCGUGCACAUUACUCGGCAAAUCAUCGAAUCGCACUUCCCCCAACCUACCUACCGGUACUACAACGAGUACAGCCCCGUCGUGUCGACUCGCCAGAACUUUGACUCGCUGGGCUUUCCUGCCAACCAUCCUGGCCGAGCCUUGUCUGACACGUACUACAUCAAUGCCACCACGCUCCUGCGGACGCACACGAGCGCCCAUCAGGCAGACACGUUCCGGGCGAACCAGAGCGAUGGCUACCUGAUAUCUGCCGACGUCUACCGGAGGGACGCCGUCGACCGCAGCCAUUACCCCGUCUUCCACCAGAUGGAGGGAAGCCGAUCUUGGGACAGGACAAAGGUGCCCGACGGCGACGUAGCCGCCGCGGUGAGAGCCGACAUGGAGAAGCUGCCCAAGCACGACGUCGAGGUGGAGGACCCCAACCCUCCGCAUGACGAGGACCGCAACCCCCUGCAGGGCUGCCACUCUGCCGCGGAGGCGCAGGCCAUUGGCGAGCAUCUCAAGCGAUCGCUGGAAGCCAUGGUGGUCGACAUCUUCUCCAGAGCCAAGGCGGCCGCCGCCAAGGAUGACGCCGGUUUCGCCGACGAACCGCUGCGAAUGCGCUGGGUGGAGGCGUACUUUCCCUUUACCAGCCCGUCGUGGGAGCUCGAGGUCUACUAUGCCGGGGACUGGCUGGAGGUGCUGGGCUCGGGCGUGGUCAAGCAGACCAUAUGCAACAACGCGGGCGUGCCGAGCCGGCUGGGGUGGGCCUUUGGCCUUGGCCUCGACCGCAUCGCCAUGCUGCUGUUCAGGAUCCCCGACAUCCGGCUCUUCUGGUCACAGGACCGGCGGUUUCUGGCGCAGUUCCAAGGCGUGUCGGACCGACUGGAGACGCUGAAGCGGUUCGCGCCCUUUUCCAAGUAUCCCCCGUGCCCCAAGGACGCGUCCUUUUGGCUCGCGCCGGCGUCGGCGUCGGCUGCCGGGGACAGCAGCACAAGGGGCAGCUUUCACGAAAACGACGUGAUGGAAAUCGUGCGCAGCGUGGCCGGGGACUGCGUGGAACACGUGGAGCUGAUUGACGAAUUCACGCACCCCGAGACGGGCAGGAGGAGCAUGACGUACCGGAUCGUGUAUCGAAGUUUGGAGCGCACCUUGACCAACGAAGAGGCCAACGGGUUCCACGCGGCCGUGAGACGGGCUUUGGUGAAGAAGCUUGGAGUUGAACUGCGCUAG